GAUGGCUAUGACGGAAACAUCGAGGUUCAGCGCGAAUGGCGUGCAUGGCGCUAAGCCGCUCUCGAUGCCUCUUUCGCUGACCUCAUCGAUUUUAGCUGGUGCUUUGCGACAAAUCGUAUGAUCACGCAGUGAGCCGCAGCACCUUCACGCACACGACAGCUGUACUAUCCUGGGUAGUAAAGUAACGCUCACCGAUGUGCGCUUUGCAUUCGCACGUCUUUGGUUGAAUCUACGAAAUCUCUAGUUAUCUCGCGCAGCUGCCUUCAACAUGGGCGGAAGGCUAUCAACACCAAAAGGAGCUGAUGGCAUGAACGAGAGCUCAAAACCACACUCGAAUAAUGCACCUGCCCGCCUCUCGCGGGGUGGUGGUAUAAUCAAUGGCCGGACGAUCAUGGCACCGUUAGCUGCUCUCACCAUGGCCGGCUUACUCUUCGUCUACGCAAGGACAUCGAUUCGUGCCGCUAAGCUAAACGCUCAGAAACACAGAGAAGCAGAUGGAGGACAAAUCAGCUGGCACAAAGAAAGCUUGAGGCGGCAUGGCCAACUCGAGCGGGUGGAUAAUGACCGCAAUACUCUGAAAGAGGCGCUUGUUGGCAGCUUCACCAGUGACAAGAAGAAGAAGGGCGUGGAUACGCAGGAUAAGCUGCGUACAGAGUACUCCAAGGACGAGGAGGAGCUGCGCAGGAUCGUAGGCAAGAAGGACUGAUUUUAGGAGUACGUCUUCGGCGACAGUGAUCCACAAAAUAGCUUUGCAUGUUUUUGGCGUUCAGGUUGAGCAUACGUGGCUACAUUCAGCGCGGUGCUGAGGGUGACAGAAGUGAGCAAUAGCACUAUGUGCAGUGGGACUCGCUUUGUACCAGACGUGCAACUAUGAUCAUGUGUAUAUGGCAU